AUGUCUUCUUGCACUUUGCUCGUGAGACGUAGUUUGACCGGAAAACGGUUAAGUUAUAUUGCUAUUCUCUACACAUUUGCCAUUUAUCUGGUAGUGAAAACGAUUGUUAUAAAACAAAAUUUUGAAAAUUAUGGAAAGUUGAAGGACAACGAAUCUGGCACUGACGCCUCCCCAACUAAGAAGCCACAGACCAUGCCACCACUGAAGAAUGGGUUUCAGCUCGUCUUUCCUCAUAUUGAACCAAAACUUYAUCCUGAAGAUCAAAUCCUUUAUCUAGUUGUAAUGGUGACCAGUUCAGCGAAGGGCGAAGAUCACAGAAUUUUGCGAAAAACAAUCCGUCAAACGUGGGGCGAUACAAAGUUAUUAAAUAUGGACAUGACAAAAAAGUGGAAGAUGUUCUUCUCUCUGGCCAUCAGUGAUAAUCAACAAGAUAAUGAAGCGAACGAGAAAGAGGCACUCGAAUACAAUGAUGUGAUCAUAGGAAACUUUACAGAAAAAUACCUAAACCUUGUAAUGAAAGUAUUUAUGGGUCAUUAUUGGGUUAUCAAUAGAUUGUCGUGCAGGUAUGUUUUAAAGGCUGAUGACGAUGUUUAUGUACGUGUUCCAAGAUUAAUAUCAUGGCUUGUAAGAUCUGGAUCUCCAACGUCUUUUUAUGGUGGAUACAUUAGUUUGGAAAACGAUGGAUACAAAGGUAUCAUUCGUGACCCUAACAGUCCAUGAAAUCCAUUCAAGACCGAGGACACAUACACUGCUGUAAUAUCUCAUGAACUCGGUAUCAGUGCCACUUUCAUACCUGG